AUGGAACACGAGAAACAAGACGUCGACUACGACGUCGUCAUCAUCGGCGCCGGCAUCUCGGGCAUCAACAUGGCUUACAGGCUGCAGGAGCGCAACCCAGAGCUGAGCUACUGCAUCGUCGACGGGCGCCACGAGAUUGGCGGCACCUGGAGCCUCUUCCAAUACCCGGGCAUCCGGUCCGACUCGGACCUGUACACGUUUGGGUUCCCGUGGAGGAUAUGGGAGGACAAGCAGCCCAUUGCGCACGGCAGCCUCAUCCUCAAGUACCUCAAGGAGUCGGCGGCCGAGGCCGGCAUCGACCGGCACAUCAAGUUCAGCCACCGGGUCCGCAAGAUGGACUGGUCGUCGGCCUCGUCCUCGUGGACCCUGGACAUUGCGGCCGGCGGCUCCGACGAGGUCAGGCUGCGGUCGCGCUUCGUCUUCCUGGGCACGGGCUACUACAACUACGACGAGCCGCUGCAGGCGGACAUCCCGGGCCUCCAGGACUUUGCCGGCACCGUCGUGCACCCGCAGUUCUGGCCGGCCGACCUCGACUACGCGGGCAAGAGGGUCGUCAUCAUCGGGUCGGGCGCCACGGCCGUGACGCUGCUGCCGUCCAUGUGCGGCGAGGCGGCGCACACGACGAUGCUCCAGCGAUCGCCGACCUACAUCCUCUCCCUGCCGCAGACGGACCCCGUCGACCGCUCGCUGCGCCUCCUGCUGCCCGGCGCCCUGGCCCGGCGCGUCAUCCGCUUCAAAUGGAUCCUGGGGACUUCGCGCGAGCUGCCCGGCGGCGUCGGCAUGGACCCCCAUUUCACGCCGCGCUACAACCCGUGGGAGCAGCGCAUGUGCCUCUGCCCCGGCGGCGACUUCUUCCGGUGCCUCAGGACGGGCAGGGCGAGCGUCGAGACGGGCGUCAUCGAGAGGGUCACGGCCGACGCCAUCAAGCUCGCCUCGGGCCGGGAGCUGCACCCGGACAUCAUCGUCACGGCCACGGGGCUCAGGCUGCACCUCGCCGGCGGCAUCGAGACGUCGGUCGACGGCGCGCCCGUCCGCCUCGCCGACUGCUACGCCUGGAAGGGCUGCAUGCUGGAAAACGUGCCCAACCUCGCCCUGUCCUUUGGCUACGUCGACGCCAGCUGGACCCUGGGCGCCGACGCCACCGCCCAGCUCGUCUGCCGCAUGCUCGCCAAGGCCGCCCGGGAGGGCUACCGCGUCAUCGUGCCCCGGCUGACCGACGCCGAAAAGGCCGCCAUGGAGCCGCUGCCCUUUAUGCGCCUCAGCUCGACCUACGUCGAGAAGGCGAGGAGCCUGCUCCCCAAGGUCGGCUCCAGCCCGCAGUGGAAGCCGCGCUCCCAUUACUGGCGGGACAUGACGAACGCGUGGUGGGGGGACAUUGACGGCGGUAUUCAGUGGCUGAAGUAG